AUGGAAAGUUAUGAAUUUUAUGUUGAAGCUCCAUGGGGUAAAAUUGCUUGUAUAUCAUGGGGUCAUUGUGUAAAUUCACCAGUGUUGAUGGUCCAUGGUUACAUGGACAGUGCGGCAACCUUUAUUCCAAUUAUGAAGCAUUUACCUAACACAUAUUACUAUGUAGCUAUAGAUUUCCCCGGUCAAGGCAAAUCUGAUGCAUUCCCUCUUGGUCCACUUGUAAACCAUGCCUGCUUAGUAGAAGCAAUGAGAAGAGUUAUUGAACACUUGAAGUGGCCAACAUUUGUAUUAAUGGCACAUUCUGUUGGGUUUGUUAUUGGAGCUUUCUACAACAGCAUACAUCCAUAUAGAAUAUCUAAGAUGAUUAAUUUAGACCCUCUGCUACCACUCUCUACAUACACAUUCCAUGAGACAAACCCUGCUUUGUGGUACCAAUAUAUGUAUGAUCAUUACUACGAUAAUUAUUCAAGAUGGAGUUUGGAACGCAAUAAAAAGUAUACGUAUGAUCAAGCGAUCAAUCUCUUAGUGAGAAGCAGAAAGCUUACUAAAGACCAGUCAGCAGUGGUUCUCUCAAGGUCUUUAGUGCCUUUAGAUGAUGGCAUGUAUAAAUUAUCCUGGGAGCCGUGUAUGAAACAGCUUGUAGUGUUACCAGUUACCAAAGAAAUGCUUAUUUCUUUAGUUACUACCAAUCCUCCUCCAAUGCUAAAUAUAGUCGCCUUCGAAGUUGAAAUAUUGCCAUAUUUCAAGAAAAAUGGCAUUCGAUUAAUGGAAGUAUUUAAAAAAUCGAUACCAAAUUUCAUAGUUCACAAUGUGGCGGGACCCCAUGAUGUGCACAUCACUAAUCCUGAGUCGUUUGUUGACAAAAUAAUCGAUUUUUUGGACAUGGAUUUUAAGGUGCAAGCGAAACUG